CUGUAUCACAACACUGCCUGUCUGGAGCCCAGUCUCUGUAGUUACAGUCAGUCACUGCUUCACUGCGCUACUGACAGCAUCAGUUCACUCACUGGAUAUAACCACUGUGUAUGCAGUGGGUUAAAAAUACGAGAGGAAGCUACAGACUUGUGAAUAUGAAAGAUAGAAACGGUUAGGACACUUAACAACAGCCGGCGUCAGCUAGGACGAACUUAUCUCCCCCAGUCAUCCAGGAGAAAGGCAGCCGGCGUGUGACGUUAGGCUGGGCGGCUGACUGGACGCAACCAAGUCCGAGGUCUGAAGGCCUCCGAGGUUUAAUUUGCCUCAGAAGUUACAGCAUCAGUUCAAUUCGUGGGCACCGUAAUCUGUUGCCGACAGCAAAUCAGCGAGCAGAGAUGGCAGACAGCGCGGGGCUCCAGUUUGUCAGCUCCUACGCCUUCGAAGCCAUGCAGAAAGUUGACGUGGUGCGUCUCGCAGCCCUGAGUGACCCGGAGCUGAGGCUGCUGCUCCCCUGCCUGGUGAGGAUGGCUCUGUGUGCUCCCGCAGAUCAGAGUCAAUCAUGGGCGCAGGACAAGAAGCUCAUCCUGCGCCUGCUGUCUGGAGUGGAAGCCGUCAACUCCAUCGUAGCGCUUCUGUCUGUGGACUUCCACGCGUUGGAGCAGGACGCACGGAAGGAACAGCAGCUCAGGCACAAGGCAGGUGGCUCCAACGGUGAAAGCAUCCUGGUGUCGCAGCUGCAGCACGGACUCACCCUGGAGUUUGAACACAGCGAUCCGCUCAGAAGGCUCCGUCUGACUCUCAGCGAGUUGCUGGCCAUCAUGAAUAAGGUGACAGACUCCAAUGGGGAGUUUUUCUUGAAGUCUUCUGAGCUCUUUGAGAGCCCCGUCUAUCUGGAGGAAGUGGCAGAUGUCCUCUGUAUUUUACAAGCAGAGCUGCCGUCUUUGCUGCCCAUCGUGGACGUGGCGGAGGCUUUGCUUCACGUCCGCAACGGCGACUGGUUCAUGUGCCUGCUGGUCGCCAACGUCCCAGACAGCUUCAGCGAAGUUUGCAGAGGGCUGAUCAAGAACGGGGAGCGUCAGGACGAGGAGAGCGUGGGGGGUCGGCGCAGGACCGAAGCCCUCAGGCAGCUCUGUCAGAUGAACCCCUCGCAAGCCCUGAACAUCAGAGCCAUGGUGGUGGAGGAGUGCCACCUGCCCGGUCUUGGCGUAGCUCUUACUCUGGACUACAAACCGGACACGGCGGACGAGGCCGUCAGCCCGCUUGUGUCUUACGUCAGCGGUUUGCUCCUGGGAACCAAUAGCAAAGUCCGGACCUGGUUCAGCAUGUUCAUCCGCAACGGGCAACAGCGGAAGAGAGAGAGCAGCUCCGUGCUGUGGCAGAUGCGCAGACAGCUGCUACUGGAGCUGGUGGCCAUCCUGCCGCGCUCGCGCAGCACACACGUGCCCAACGACGCCAACGUGGAGGACGGGGGCGGCUCGGGUUACUCGGGUCUCAGGGAGGAGCACGUGGUGAAGGCCAGCGCUCUGCUCCGGCUCUACUGCGCCCUCAUGGGCAUCGCCGGGCUCAGACCUACGGAUGAAGAAGCGGAGCAGCUGCUGCAGCUGAUGACCAGCCGACCUCCAGCCACUCCUGCUGGGGUUCGCUUCGUCUCUCUGUCCUUCUGCAAGCUGCUGGCCUUCCCCACCCUGGUCAGCACACCAGAGCAAGAACAGCUGAUGGUCAUGUGGUUGAGUUGGAUGAUCAAAGAGGAGGAAUAUUUUGAAAGUGCUGCAGGCGUAUCUGCUUCUUUUGGAGAGAUGCUAUUACUGGUUGCCAUGUAUUUCCAUAGCAACCAGCUCAGCUCCAUUAUUGAGUUGGUGUGCUCUACUUUGGGGAUGAAGAUUGCCAUCAAGCCGAGCUCUCUGAGCAAAAUGAAAACCAUCUUCACUCAGGAGAUUUUCACGGAGCAGGUGGUUACGGCUCAUGCUGUGAGGGUGGCAGUGACGAACAGCCUGAGUGCCAACAUCACCGGGUUUCUUCCCAUUCACUGUAUCUACCAGCUGCUUCGGAGCAGAGCCUUCACCAAGCACAAAGUGUCCAUUAAGGACUGGAUCUACCGUCAGCUGUGUGAAACAACCACGCCAAUCCAUACGCAGCUGAUUCCUCUAAUUGAUGCCUACAUCAACUCCAUCCUCACUCCAGCGUCCAAGGCCAACCCCGAGGCCACCAAUCAGCCAAUUACUGAGCAGGAGAUCCUCAAUGUCUUCCAGAGCUCUGCAGGGCAGGGUGAUGGCAGUCGAGGAGGACGGCAGCGCUAUUCCAUCACCACGCAGCUGCUCAUCCUUUACUACAUCCUGUCUUUCGAAGAGAACCUGCUGGCUAGCACCAAACAGCUGGCACUGAUGCAGAGGAAGCCAAAGUCUUACUCCGCAGCCUUAAUGGACCAGAUCCCUAUUAAGUACUUGGUUACUCAGGCCCAGGGGCUGCAGCAGGAGCUGGGGGGUCUGCACUCUGCACUGUUGAGACUUUUGGCCACCAACUACCCUCACUUGUGUUUGGUGGAGGACUGGGUGUGUGAGGAGGAGGUGACGGGCACGCUACCCCUUCUCAGAAGGAUGAUGCUUCCCAGUAAUACCUGCAGAUACACCCAGAACCAACUGCACCAGGCCUUCCAGAAGUUGCCCUCCAGCAGUCCCAGGCUCAUGCGGAUCCUGGAGCAUUUGACUCUGCUCUCACCUGGAGACCUGAUCCCUUACGCAGAGGCCCUCACAGCCAGCACGGCCCUGCUGCUGGAGCCUGGCGUACCCCGACGCCUGCUGCAGACCCUCAACAAGCUCUGGAUGGGCCUCAACACUGUGAUGCCCCGCAGGUUAUGGGUGAUGACAGUAAACGCCCUUCAACCUUCAGCCAAGCUGCUCCGGCAGCAGACGUACACGCAGAACGACCUGAUGGUCGACCCUCUGAUUGUUCUGCGCUGUGAUCAGAGGGUCUACAGGUGUCCCCCUCUGAUGGACAUUGUCCUUCACAUGCUGAACGGAUACCUGCUGGCCUCCAAGGCCUACCUUCAGUGUCACCUCAAGGAGACGGCCGACUUUGAUCGGCAGAAUCAGAUCAUUUCCAACGUGGCGGCUCCCGGUCAGCCAGACACGCCCGAGGUCACCAGAGAGGAGCUGAAGAACGCCCUUCUGGCCGCGCAGGACAGCGCGGCUGUCCAGAUCCUCCUGGAGAUUUGUCUGCCCACCUCUGAAGAGCAGCUGCUGGGGGCCGCCACGGAGGGCCUUCUGAGGACCAAUCGGGGCCCAAAACAAGGAAGCCUGCCGCCGAUGACGAGCAGAGGGAGAGUGGAUGACACCGAGCCGGAGGGGGGGCUGCUCAGUGACCUGAGGGAAGUCCAGUGCCUCAUCUGUUGUCUGCUGCAUCAGAUGUUCAUUGCUGACCCAAACAUUGCUAAGCUGGUUCACUUUCAGGGUUACCCUCAGGCUCUCCUGCCUCUGACUGUGGCAGGCAUCCCCUCCAUCCAUAUCUGUUUGGACUUCAUCCCAGAGCUGCUGGCCCAGCCCCAGCUGGAGAAGCAGAUCUUUGCAAUUCAGCUGCUGUCGUACCUGUGCACGCAGUACGCCUUACCCAAGUCCCUGAGUGUGGCCAGACUGGCCAUCAGUGUGAUGGGCACGCUGUUAACAGUGCUGAAUCGCGCCAAGCGGUUCUCCUUCUUCAUGCCCACGCUGCCGUGCCUGGUGGCUUUCUGUCAGGCCUUCCCGCCUCUUUAUGACGACGUGGCAGCUUUGUUGGUACAAGUGGGCCAGGUCUGUGCUUCUGAUGUGGCCACCAAAGUCAGAGACAUCGACCCUUUCAUCGCCCGCCUCCAGAGUCUGAGAGAGAAACCCCAGGAAGCCGCAGCUCCAGGCGGAGGCUCCUCCAAGCUGACUCUGCCCCAGAAGACGGCCGAGGAGCUGGGCGGGGCCGACCCCGACGUGCAGCUCUGCUACUGCGUCGAAGCCACCUUCAUGGACAUCAUCAGCUCCACGCUUCACGGACUAUAGACCGAGCGCACAUUGAGAUAUUCACACUUUCUGUGGGAGCAGAGACCUGACCCGAAGAGACGGCUAGCCUGCUGCCUGUCCAACACUCCUAACAGGGCCGCUGUCGCUCUCUGCACAUUACGGCACGAAGCUAACACGGCUAAAUGUUGCUGUGAACUGUGGGGAGCUUUUGCUACUUACUGUUUUUGUUUGUAAUAAAAUGAUGGAAAAAAAAACAUAAUCUGAUGGCUGUUUGAGAAAAUAAAAUAAACACAUUUCAUAGUUUUUAUCUUUAGAAAUAACAUCCAGAGGUUCAUUACAUAAAGUGUUGUACAUACAUUAACUUCUAGCUUCUUUUUAACUCUCACUUUUUGAAAGUGCAUGUCCUCAAUGUAGGUCUGGAUAAGUACUCAGGGCUUAUUUAAUGUUGACACUCAGAGCUAAGAAAGAGAGUUUUUGAUCUAUAGGAGCCUUUGAUGCAACACAUUACGACUAAACGACUCUGAUCUAUGGCUUCUGAGCUAAUCAAUGGGAAAGUGAUAGACUGGUUAGCAGUUAGCGGUUGAAAUCGCUGGCUGAAAAUACAGCGUAUACAACUUCAUGUAGUUGCUAACUAGAGAAUAACACACAUUGGAAAGGAAGCUGUCUGCUGAGGUGCUGGUGCAAAAAACAGCCAGGAAAAUGAGGGAGAUGUAUUCAGAUCAAACUCAAAACUAGCUGAAUUUACUUCCAGACUUAAACCUUCAGUCGUGUGGAAAAAUUAGGACAACCUAUCACAUAUAAAAUUCUUUAUAAAGGAACUAUGUCCACAUACUGAUGGUAAACCUGAUUCUUUGAAUUGGCUGUAACCACCAAAAUCCUUGAUCAUUGUUUUGCUGAUUAAAACAAAGAUGCUUUUCCAGCUGAGGG